AAGAAUUGGACCGUAAAAUGGCGAUCCGCGUCUCCAGGGUUGACAAGGAGGGGAAUUGAAAUUCGAUUGGAUUGAGCUGGAUGCAUUGGCAUUGAGACUGGCUGGCGGUACGUACAAAAGUACAGGCUUUACUCCGUAUAGGCAGUACGAAAUGCUGUUAUACGCACUGCUUCCACCUGUUUUCUACGCCCUUCCCUCCUCCCCUGUAUGUACUGUGCUGUACAUAUGGCGGACAGACAGAUCGGGUUAGAACGGACAGUGCUGGUAGUUUAUUAUUUGCUGCCUUGUCUUCAUUGUCCUUGUGACUAUUCCGACUUCCGCAUUUCUCGACAAGGCGAUGACCGGUAUGAAUCACUGGAUGAUAGAACUCUAAACGGAAGGAGACACUGCAGUCGUGGAGACCAGGAAGGAAUCUCGAGAAAAAAAGAUUUUUGGCGGAACCGUCAUAGGUUCCAUGUUUUUUCCCUUUUCUUUUCCCUUUUUAUUGUUAUUUUUAUUUUUUCUUCUCUUGGCAUGGUGUGGCAAUGUCAGGAGUUGGGUCGGGUGGCACAUAUACACAAAAACGCUCUCGAGCCGUUUCGUGAAACAGAAGCAUUCUUCGACGCACGACAUGUCAGGAUGGAGACGUGGGGGUUUCGGGAUACCGGGGUCUGUAUGGAAAGUCAGUAUUCAAGGCCUGUACAUGAGGGAUCUGUUUCCAAAAUGGACAGGGGACAGACUGGAAUCGCAACACGGAGUACACAAGAAUGGUUUCCCGAGGAUGGGCCGUUAUCCAUCAGUCAGUCAGUCUGGUCCACAACGUUGAAAAUGCUUCUCUGGCUGUACCGACAAGAGAAAGGAAAGAACACGACAGCAUGUGAGGUUAAUGCGAAAGGAUGAGAAAUUCUGAGGAAAUUUCCAGCCAGUGCCGACACAAUCUUUGAAUCUACGCAAUGGGUCUGCUCUUGAUAACUCGCGCUAUCUCUGGUAGUUUUAUGAAUCCAAACCCAAUCUUGCCUUGAACCUCGAUAGACCCGC